AUGACGAAUAACAGUUCGGGUGCGUAUCCAUAUGUAUUGGAGGUUGAUGGGAAAAUCUAUAGAUUAUCUGUUCCCCAAGCUUAUAUACAAGUGAAAGAACUUAAAUCUACCAUUAGACAACGCUUUUCCAUCUUUUAUAAGUUUAAACUCACCUACAAGGGAGCAAUUUUAGAAGACGAUGAAAAAUUUAUCGAUCUUCGUUUGAAUACAGCGAAUUCCGUACGUAUUCGCCGAGAUUCCACUGAACCUCUUUCUGAUCAACCUUAUACUGAGGCACCAACUGUUCACCUAAGCAAAAUUCAAUUUAAUCGACCAUCUCCAGAUAGAUCACAUAAUAAUACAAACAGGAACUUAGAUAGGCACAACGAUACCAAUGAAAACAAGAAGCGACCAAAAACUGCGAUGGUUUCCCAUCAUGAUGUGGGCGAUUCGUUCGCUUUGCGCGCCGCUUCUGUCGUAGGCUGCUCUAAGACAAUAAUUGAUGACGAUAAUCUAGCGAAUUCUAAACAACCUCACCCAUAUAAUCCCUGCAAGCGUUCAUGUGAAACAAUUCCGUUGUCAGAAGUCGAAGACCUUAUGGACCCGCAAUUUCUUCGUCCCAACGCUGGAAUAGCUCGUUCUCAAUCCAAAUCAGUUUAUACAGGAUUCGCCACAUCAAUUAGUUUUAGCAACACUCCUGUUCAAAGUGAGAGUGACGAUGAUGACUUCAAAAGUAGCCAAUAUACGUGUAAAAGCUCUUCCUAUGUACAUCGGGAAACAUAUUCACUUCCAUUGUCACCCGUAGAUGACUGGACGGAAAAAGAACAACCGAGAAGUAUUUCAACAAAGCCACAGCGGUCCUUUCGAGAAUCGCCUGAUAGAAAAUUGUGUGAUACAGUGGAUGCAUCUUCACGACAGGCACGUCAAUCGCGGCGUUCGUCAACAUCUACUUCGAAUGAUGAUGAUACUGAUGAAAAUACGAGAAAUGACAAUUUUAUAGAAGUGUCGAAUCCUGGCUAUCGACAGAUCACCAAAGUGUCAACAAUUAGAUCAAGAACAUCUUCAAUUAAAUCUAUGUCUAUGCAUAAUAGAUCAUCUUCUUCGACGUCAUCAAUUUCGACUGACGAAGACAACGAAAAAGAUAAAUAUUUGCGAAGGAAAACUGUCAAUAAAGGAUUUGGGUUGAAGCCAUCUGAUCAUCAUCGCUCAUCAGUAACGACAACAGAAAUCAGACAAACACCAACUUCAGUGAGAGCCAUAUCCAACCUUGAAAAGUCAAAAAAUGUCGUAGAAGACUCCGCGUCGGAAACAGAUCGACGCUCGCCGGCCAAUCAAAAUCCAUUAUUGAUAACGAAUACGUCAGAUGCUUCGACUACGGACAACCUUUAUCAAAUGAAGAGUACACCGCCUGUUAACAAUUGCAAUGAAAGAAAGAAAUUAACAUUGAAUGAAUCACAAGUAAAUGCAAGUUAUGCACCGGAUGUACGAGUAACAGAUUCAAGAGCUAGAAGCGUAAGCAGAUCGCGUACUGAAAAGAGACUUAUUACUUCACCAGAAAGAUCGAUUAGUGGUUCUUAUGUAGAUGAAGUGGCAGUAAAUGUGGAAACCCUUACUAAUGUAUACAUUAUCAGACUAUUGACUAAUGCUUCACUCAAAGAUUUACGUCAACGUAUUUGGAAGGUGUUGGAGGAUGAAGGUUGUUCUGAAGAGAGACAUUUAUUACUCUUAUUUACACAUCGUAUGCACAUCUUCGAGAAAACAAACACUGAUGACGAACUCAUUGGCACCUUUCUUCGUUUGAUGCCCUCAACGAGUCAAUCAGACAAUGAAAAGACAAUUCAUUUUUACGCAUAUACAUUGAAACAUAAAUUCCGUAGAGACAUGUAUACUUAUGAGACUGAUCCAAAGGAAUUGUUUACUCAUUCAGAAUGGUGGGAAACUUGUGUUUGCACGCCACAAGUAACUGUUUCGCAGACAAUGAUGCUUAGCACCAUGUACGUCCUUUAUCAAUACUUUAGUCGGCCGGUGCAAGAAGAAAUUGGCAAACGGGUAGCGCUUGAGGCACAGUUUCUCUUACAAAUGCGCAAGUAUCUCUUUCGACCUGCUGUGCUAGCACUUAAACACAUGAUGAUUGGUGCGAUGUUUGUCUACGAGAAGAAAAUCUUGAUUGAUAGCCUUCUGAUUCUCCUAGUUAAGUUUCGUCCUAAGAAAAUUGAGGAAAGUUUAGCAGGCAUUUUUAUACCUUAUCUAAUAUGCUGGAUGUUCCACCAGUGUGACUUAGAAUCAGAAGAAGAAGAUUCAUGUGUAGAACUCGGACUGGUACGGCAUAGUGAUGCCUUUCAAAGUUUUUACUUUAAUGAUCCAACGACCGAAGCUGAGUUGACUCUUAAUUGUGUUACUCUUUACGAACAUCAAGAAAUACGGAAUGACAAUAGCAUUCGUCAUGUCGAUAUAUUUUCCUUAAUCAAACAUCUGAAAAAUCCAUGUUUAUAUACUUUUGGACGUCAAUGCACUGCCGAAUCAUACUUUAUAGACCUCUUUAAAACAAACGAAAAAGAUCCCAUCAAACCCAUAACUGAUAUUCAAGUUAAUGAAAUAUGUGAUAUAAUGCAUCAUCGCUAUGAGUGCUUUACUUUGAUCACCCGCGAGAAGCUUCGCAACAAAUUUCGUGAUCAACUAAUCAUGUUAAAAGAUCGAUGCGUGGGUAUUGCGUUUUCACGACGACAACGAGUGUGUAGCAAUAAUAUGAUUGAUUAUGAUGUCUAUGCCUUUGGGCCAACGAGGGACAAUGAGCAAAAAAUCCUCAAUGCAAACGAUAUUUAUGAAGUCGAGCCUGAGAGACCUGAUCCUCAACUAUCAUCGUUUAUCUCUCAAAUUAUGCAAGUUAAAACUAUGCCUACUAUCUUAAAUACCAGAUCGGUCGAGCAAAUAACGAUGGUUCUACUAGAUGUAAGUGCAUCCAUGUUCAGAACACACGCACAUAAUAACGCAAAUCUUCCUACUCUGUUUGAGCUUAGCCGAGCAGUACUGUUCAUUCUAAGUGAUAACUUGCAAUGGCAAACACAUCCACAUGCCAUAGGACUUAUUCUUUUUGGUUCACAAGCAACUAUACGCUGUUAUCCAACACAAGAUCCCGAUACGUUCGAACAAGAGAUUAACCAGAUUCCUAAUUUCAAGAACGAAUAUACACAUAUGUAUGAUGCGCUUAUAUUAGCUCUCAAUACCAUGGAUGAAUACGCGAAACAAUAUCCUGUCACUUCUGAUUGCAAUCAGCUAAUUAUUUGUAUUUCAGAUGGCGUCGACUGGGGAAGUAAAACAACGGCACGAGAAGUUAAACAGAGAAUAAAGCAAUCUCGUAAAAAAACUGUCAUGGACCUAGUGUCAUUUGUGACAGAUACCCGACAACUUCGAAAUAACAACGAUCGUCAACGGCAUCUAGAAGCUCGCAGUCUAUGCCAAGAAACUGAUGGUAAUUUGUAUUGUAAUAGAUUUAUUGAGCCUGCAGAUUUGGCUAUGACAUUUGAACAAGAAACAGCAUGGUGGGUUAAAGCACGUAAAAGACGAAACAUUUUAGAAAGAAACGCAGGAGCUCAUCGUGUUGAUUAUCCAACACAGGAGCCUCCUGAUCAAUUGUAUGCUACCGCAAGUAGGUUUCAACCUCAGCGCAGAACAGCUGACGAACCGAGAAUACUCACAGCUGGUAGUCGUCGUGCGCGCAUCAAGAUUGAAGCAAACAAUGUCGCUACUUCUCAAAUGAAAGGGAUCCACCUAUUUGUCAGCGAUGUUGACAUCAAUUUUUGGAAGAUAAUCUUUGAGGGUCCACCAAAUACUUUAUAUGCAAAUUGUCGCUGGCUUUUAUAUGUUACUUUUCCUGAUCAAUAUCCUAGUAUUCCACCCAAUUUGAGAUUCUACACUAGAAUCUAUCAUGUCAACAUCAGUGGCGAUGGUCGAAUAUGUCACGAAUUGUUAGGUACCGCUUGGUCUACACGCGUUAAAAUGUGCAAAGUUCUCGAAGCUCUAGUGAACCUGCUAACAGAACCUAAUUACAGUCAUCCGAUUUCACCCCAAAAAGCUGCUUUGUAUCAUCAAAAUAGAGAAAAUUAUAAAACACGUGUGCUCGAAUGGAACAACAAAUAUGCAAGAAAAUCAAUAGACGAUUUAUGCGCUGAAUUCAAUCUACGAUGA